CCAGUCCACAAACGUUUAAAACUAUAUGGACCGUCGCGAGCCUUGUUUACAGGAAUGUGGCCUUUCAGUGGAUCACAGCACUACUAGUCUUCGGUCAGAGUUGACUGAGUUAGUCAACCAAGUCCAGUGUUCGAAUCGCUGGUCUCUAUCUUAUUUAGCGCGAUUUUCAUACAAGACGACAAAAGAAUCUAUAAAGCGAAUAUCUUUGCAUAGUUCUUGGCCAAUGGCUAUGGUUAUAGUGUCUGUUAUCGCAGCGUUGAUCUCUCUCGAAUUCACGGACGCUGGAUCAUCAUCGUCCUGGGAACUGGGAGGAUUCACGGAAAAAAUCCCUGCCAUCUUCCAGUUUGGGGACUCCCUCUCCGAUACUGGAAACUCUCUCAUCGCAUUUCCACAAGCUUACAAGCGUCUCAACACAUCGCCCUAUGGCGAGACCUUCUUCCAUGGCCCCUCGGGGAGGGAGUGUGAUGGACGCCUCAUUGUCGAUUUCUUGGCUUCCAGCUAUGGAUUGCCGCUGCUGGAACCCUACUUGCGUCGAUUCAAGGGGCAGGAUUGGCGGCAUGGGGUGAGCUUCGCGGCAUGCGGCGCCUCCGCGCUAGGCCGCUCCUUCUUCCACGAUCACAACAUCUCGAUCGGGGCGACAUUCCAGCUCGAUAUCCAGCUCCAGUGGUUCCGGGAAUUCAAGAAUGUCUCGGCGAUGCGCUCCUCGAAUCGAGGUCGAAGAACGCACCCCUCUGCGGAUGAUUUCUCCCAGGCGCUCUACAUCGUCGGCGAGAUUGGUGGUAACGACUAUGGAGACAUGAUGAGCACUAUGGAUUACUCUCAAAUGCUCCAAUUCGUACCGAUGGUCGUCCAAACCAUCCGGGAUUUCAUCCAGGAUCUCUACAAUUUGGGGGCGCGCAAGUUCCUGGUGAUCAACAUUCCACGCCAGGGAUGCAAUCCCUCCGUCAUCCUCUCGCGCCGCCCAAGCGAUCGACUGGACGAUUUUGGCUGCGUCGCGGAUUUUAAUGCGCUCAAUUCUCAUCACAAUUCGCUGCUCCGGAUCGCAGUGGACAAUCUCCGGGAACGCCUUGCGGGAGCAUCGAUCGCGCUCGCGGAUUUCUAUGGCGUAACUGGAGACGUCCUGCGAAAUCCCCAAGAAUAUGGGUUUACUGAGACGAGUAAACCGUGCUGUGGCUCGCCAUGGCAAAACUGGAUCGUCGAUUGCGUGGACGGACUGAUGAUCAACGGUGCGCUGACCAUGGGUCAGACAUGUGCUGACCCGUCAACGCAUCUGUAUUGGAAUGGAUUGCACUUCACGGAACACCUCUACCAGGUUGCGGCUAACGCAUUUCUCAAGGGACAAUACAUAAGUGUAUCCAAAAUGGGGGAUAAUGUUAAAUUGUGAUGAAAGAUAUUUUUUAAAUCAAUUUGAUAAAGGCUUGCCAUCUA